AUGGCAGACAACUUCAACGACGAGGCCAAAGGUGUCCUCAAGGACGAUAUGAAGGCCUUAAGUGUUCCGAACUCCGUCUCAAUCCAUGACAGCGAAGGGGAUUGGACUGUGGCUGAAGAAGCUGCAGUUCGAAGGAAGUUCGAUCUUGUGGUAACACCAUUGUGUACAUUGUUGUACCUGUGCUGUGCGAUCGAUCGAAACGCGAAAAUUGAAGGGAUGGAAAAGGAUCUGGGUCUUGUUGGCUAUGAGUACAACAUCGUCCUCACGAUCUUUUUCUGCAUGUAUCUUGCGGUCGAGAUUCCCAGCAACAUUAUACUGAAGCACGUUGGUCCGAAAUGGUAUCUACCCGGCCUCGUGUUUGGUUUCGGUCUGGUUUCCUUAUGCACUGCCUUCGUCGAAUCAUAUGCUGGGCUUGCAACCACCCGAGCCUUCCUCGGUAUCUUUGAGGGCGGCGCGAUGCCUGCAGUGGCAUUCAUCCUUAGCUGCUUCUACAAAAAGAACGAACUGUUCUUCCGCAUGAGCUUUUUCAUAGCUUCCAGCUCUCUGGCCAACUCUUUCGGAGGCCUUCUAGCUGCAGGCUUAUCGGAGAUACCGCGAUGGGGAGCAGACUCCGCUCCCAUCCACACCUGGCGUAACAUUUUCUUCUUCGAGGGUUUGAUGACAAUGCUCAUCGCGGUUUCCGCUCCGUGGUAUCUCCCACAGAGCCCUGGUACAGCAAGCUUUCUGACUCCACGACAACGCUAUAUUGCAGCGGAGCGCAUGUAUCGAGAAAUUGCUGCUCAUCCCGGUCAACGCGUUACCUGGCAGCAUGUCAAGCUCGCCAUCUUCAACGUCCACACCCAAGUCUGCGCCUGGACCUUUUUCUGCUCAAAUUCUGCAGUUCAGAGCUUUGGAGCCUUCGUGCCCAGCAUCUUGAAGGCUUUCGGCUGGACUUCAACAGAGGCUCAGCUCAAGUCAGUCCCUCCAUACCUGGUGGCCUGCGUGUGUACAAUUGCUCUGGGCUGGGUGAGUGAUCGAGCAGGGAAAAGAGGUCCCUUCAUUGCCGGUGUCAUGCCAACUGCCAUCAUUGGUUUCGCAAUUCUUCGCUGGGCGACAGGCCCGGAAGCAAAGUACGCCGCCGUGUUUUUGAACGCCAUCGGUUGUUUUGCCGGGAGCGCCGGCAUGUUGAGUUGGGGAAUCAACAAUGCUGGAAACCCAGCAACUGCGGCUGUGGCUGGAGGCUAUAUUGUAACCAUUGGGUCCAUCGGUGGCGUGGUGUCAACUUGGACUUACCUGCCUACUGGAGCACCAUUGUAUCACACCGGCCACUCAGUUUUCUUUGCACUCAUGGUGUUCUGCUUUGUGCUGGCUCUGAUUGGAAUCGCCCACUGUGCAUACGAAAACCGUGUAAGAGCACAGGGAAAACGGGACCAUCGUCUGGAAGGCAAAACAGAGGAAGAGAAGUUUGAAAUGGGCCACCGAAAUCCAGAGUUCCGAUAUAUGCUGUAA